AUGGCUAUUGAAAGACGCGCACCACGCGUCAACGUCGCCCCCAUAAAACCAAUGCUGCGCGCCUACGGUCUGGCAUAUCUGUUCACCACAGGGCCAAGAAUCUUCGCUUUCCUGAGGAAGAUCCGAAGAUCACAUCUGACAUUUCAAGAACAGGUGGCGGCACUCCGCAAUAUUCUCAUCACAUCUCUCCAGCUGAAUCGCUUUCCCACAGCAGCGGCUGUCUUAAUAGGCGGUGCAACCACGUUUCCGCGCCUCGUCUCUGCGAUCCUCCGAUGGACAAUAGUAACUCUCACGCGACAAAAUCCUUUACAUCUCGACAAGAACGGCGGUCUCUAUCUUCGGGCUUCUUGUUCUUUCCUAUCUGCGUGGCUUGCUUUCGGCCUCCUCAACCGUGAUGAAGAUUGGACUCGAAAGCGGGCUGAGUCCCGUGCAGCUGUUGUGGCCGACAACAGCACUGUACACGUGGCAAACCAACGAGACUUAUCUUUACCGUCGCGCCGUCCCUCCUACGCCGGCAAAACGAUUGAUUUCACCGCAUUCGCUUUCUGCCGAGCUUUGGACAUCAUGGUGAUAAGCGCUUGGUCUCGGACUCGAGCCAGAUCCUGGCAUCCGGAACAGCGAACUCCCUGGUUAGCCAACCUCCUGCGCAAGACCGCCGAUCCAUCAAUUUUCGCAAUGUCUGCUGCAGUCAUUAUGUGGUCGUGGUUUUAUGCACCCGAGCGACUUCCGCGAGCAUACAACCACUGGGUGUCGAAAGCGGCCGACAUCGAUCCUCGCCUCAUUCAAGCCCUCAGGUUGGCGCGACAAGGAAACUUCGUGUAUGGGGAGGAUAGAGGUCAGGCGCCUCUUCUAGCGAGUCUUUGUCGAGACCUGGGUCUUCCGGAAGAGUAUGGUGACCCUGCGAGAACCAUUCCCAUCCCGUGUGAAUUGUAUCAUUGCGGAAGCGGCAAAAGCUGUGAGGUUCACGCGCUCUCCCGAUUCUGCAGGAGUUGGGAAUUUGCCGUGGAAAUCUACGUGCCUCUGCAAGUGUUGGCGCUCCUCCGUGCACCGAGCAAGAGAUCUAUUCUGGAUGGUCUCCGAAAUGCAGCGAUCUCGUCAUCCUUCCUGGCGACUUUUGUUGCCUCAUUUUACUAUGCGGUGUGCUUGGCCAGGACUCGGCUUGGACCCAAGAUUGUGCCGUACAAGACGAUAACGCCGCAAAUGUGGGACUCGGGCCUAUGUGUAUUGGCCGGCUGCAUUGCGUGUGGAUGGUCCAUCCUCCUGGAGAAUCCGAAAAGGCGACAGGAGAUCGCCUUCUUCGCAGCACCGCGAGCUUUGGCGACACUGAUCCCCCGUGUCUAUGAGAAAAGGUAUCAGAGGAGGGAACAAGUCGUUUUUGCCGCAAGUGUUGCAGUCGUGCUCACGACCCUCAAGUCGAACCGGAAGCAGAACGUUCGAGGAGUGCUGGGGAGAUUGCUGGGUGGGAUCAUGAAAGAGUGA